AUGUCUAAAGUUCUUGCGACGAGGGCGCCGCGCGCUGUAGGACUGGCGACAAGAUCGAUACUCCCAACAACCAACGUUCGAUGCAUAGCAACUACAACCAUUUUCCAAAAGGCUGUCUCUGCACAUUCAAAUCGUCGCGAAGUUGCUCUUCCUACACAGUCUCAGCCCAAGUCUUUGGUGGAAUAUGCCGUAACAACUCUCGACAAACUCGCCAACUGGGGUCGUCAGUCAUCAAUGUACCCAAUGACGUUUGGCCUCGCAUGCUGCGCCGUAGAGAUGAUGCACAUCGCCGGCCCACGAUACGAUCAAGACAGAUUCGGCUUCAUGUUUCGAGCGUCACCACGCCAGUCAGACGUAAUGAUCGUCGCUGGAACUGUGACGAAUAAGAUGGCUCCCGCUUUCCGCCAAGUUUACGAUCAGAUGCCGGAACCGCGUUGGGUCAUUAGUAUGGGGAGCUGCGCAAACGGCGGGGGGUAUUACCAUUAUAGUUAUUCUGUAGUCCGGGGGUGUGAUCGCCUGGUGCCGGUGGAUAUCUAUGUUCCCGGGUGCCCGCCGACAGCCGAGGCACUACUUUAUGGGAUGAUGCAACUACAGCGGAAGAUGCGGCAGGGACGAAAGUCGAGAAUCUGGUAUCGAAAAUGA